AGAUUUGUGGUUUUUGUCCAUCUCAAAACUAGUCAAUUACUAUUCGAAAUUAGCAUUACAAACAAAUAGGAUAUAAUUCGAAAUUAGCAUUACGAAUUCUGAUCCCCGAUCAUAAUCCACUAUUACACGUAGGUGGUCGAUGAGGGUUUUGGACUUGAAAGUCACCAAGUCAAUAGCCACCGUAUCACGACAGAAGGAAUUAUGUCGAUCAAUUGUGUUGUGGCAACAGAGUCGAUCGAGGAGGAAAAAGAAACACGGAAGCAGCAGGUGAAAAUGAAUUUCUAUCCCUUGUACCAAAAGCUUAUGAUGAC